AAGUUAACACCCACAGGAUGAGAUGAUGGUGUUAAAAAGAAGAGCUGUAGCUAUAGAAUGAAGAGAAAGACUGUCAGAAACAGAAAAUGGCUGAUAAGCGUCACAUGUGUCUGCUGGGACGGAUCAUUCUCUGUACACUUCUCACAGGUAUGAGUGGAGCAGAAGUGACUCAUGUGUUCUUCAGUUCUGGUGAAGAUGUCCGUCUGUCCUGUAAUAAUGCUCUUCCUGGCUGCACAUCAACUACAUGGAUCUAUAGCAGACCGUCAGGAGCAGUUGAACUGAUUGCUGGAGGAAUAAAGAAGACUGACACAGAGAGACACGAGAGACUGAGUCUGGGCUCUGACUGCUCUCUGAACAUCAAGAAAGUCACAAAAGAAGAUCGUGGAGAAUACACCUGCAGACAAUAUGUGAAUGGACAACAACAAGGAGCUGAUGCACGUGUUUAUCUGCAUGUUCUUCAUGUGUCUUCAUCACCCUCACAGUCUGAGAUCAGAUCAGGCCGCUCUCUGACUCUCUCCUGUCAGUUAUAUUAUGAUGAUCGAGUCUCUUGUGAUACUUUAGUCCGUUCUGAGGGUCUUGAUCUGAUCUGGGUGAAUCAGUCUGGUGUGAAUCUGCAGACAGACUCCAGAUUUCAGAUCUCAUUCUCCUCAGAACAGUGUAACAUCUCUCUGACUACAACACUCCUGAAUGAAGAUCACAACAGAGAGUGGAGAUGUCAGCUUAAACACAGAGAUCAACUGAAGACCUCAGCCACAUAUACUGUCAAGUAUCCAACUCCAAGCGAAACAAAUCCACCGUCUCCAGUCACCAGCUCUAAAUCAGCUUCAGCUCCUACACAAGCAGGUCCAGAAUCAGCUGUUAAGAUCAAUGUUUACUGUGACCUGAAGACCUCACUCAGAUACACUGACAUGUGUUCAGAUAACAACACUACAUUUCUUUAACCCCGCAAACUGACACACGCUCACUUCAGUAUAUUAUCAUUAACUCCUGAUCUGAUCACGACAAACUAU